AUGAAAACGAGAUCUAACACCAAGAGAGAGCGGGAAGAUGAAUUGGAGAACCAUAAGAAAGACGUGACUGAGAAGGAACAACCUGUUUCGACGGAGAUGAUGAAAGGAAUAGCUGAUCGUAUUCAAAGGAAAGAAGAAAAGAAUGAUAUGUUGAUCUCAUCGAGUAGUUCAAGUAAUGGAGUUGCUGCAGCUGUUAAAACUGGCUCCGUAAAAGCCGAGGCAGAAAGCAGUUUGUCUGAUGACAAAUCAUCUUCUGAUGAUGAGCCUGCCGAGAAAAAGGCUAAAGAAGAUACCAAGACUCCUAAAGAGGAGAGCACUAGUGAUGAUUCUAGUGAGGAAACUGAUGAAAAAGAGAUUCAUACUCGUUUUGGUCCUGCUCGUGGUCUUUUUGUCGGUGGUCGUUUUCGCGGUGGUCGUUGUGGCGGUCGUCGCCUUUGUUACAUUUGUUGA